CCUGAGCGGCGCGGACGAGGCCUGAGGCGGCGGCGCGAGGCAGCAUGGUCUGAGAUGUGAACAUGGACUUUUCUCGGCUGCACACUUAUACCCCACCCCAGUGUGUGCCGGAGAACACCGGCUACACCUACGCACUCAGUUCUAGCUAUUCUUCGGAUGCUCUGGAUUUUGAGACUGAGCACAGGCUGGAACCUGUAUUUGACUCUCCAAGGAUGUCCCGCCGCAGCCUGCGCCUGCUCACAACAGCUCCAUACAGCAGCGGGGACAGCCAGGCUGUUGACGCGCACAUCAGCACCAGCAGGGCCACCCCUGCCAAGGAGAGAGAAACCAGGACAGUCAAGCAGAGAAGAAGUACAAGCAAGCCAGCUUUUAGUAUCAACCACCUGUCGGGGAAAGGUGUGCCCUCUGGCACCAGCCACGACAACCCUUGCAGCGUGCGCAGUGCUGCGGUGCUGCGGCAUCCAGUGCUGGACGAGUCUCUGAUCCGGGAGCAGACCGAAGUGGACCACUUCUGGGGUCUUGACGAUGAUGGCGACCUUAAAGGUGGAAAUAAAGCUGCCACUCAGGGAAAUGGUGAACUGGCAGCAGAGGUGGCGACCAGCAAUGGAUACACCUGCCGUGACUGCAGGAUGCUCUCAGCGCGCACUGAUGCACUCACAGCCUACCCUACCACCCAUGGGACCACCUCAAGAGUCUACUCCAGAGAUAGGACUCUAAAACAGCGCGGUGCAUCCUUUUACCUGGAUAGGACUCUGUGGCUGGCCAAGCACACCUCCUCCUCCUUUGCAUCAAUCAUAGUUCAACUUUUUCAAGUUUUAACGAAGCUCAGUUUCAAAUCAGAAACUUACAAAUUGAAAGGCUAUGAAUCCAGAGUUUAUGACUCACAAAGUUAUGACACAAAGAGCCAUGGGUCUGAAGCCCAUCUCGGUCACUGUGGGAGGAUGACUGCCGGAGAACUUUCCAGAGUGGACGGGGAGUCCCUGUGCGAUGACUGUAAGGGGAAGAAGCACCUUGAGACACACACAGCCACCCACUCGCAACUGCCCCAGCCACACAGGGUGGCAGGGGCCAUGGGGCGCCUCUGCACCUACACAGGUGACCUCUUGGUUCGAGCACUACACAGGACCAGAGCUGCUGGGUGGUCUGUGGCCGAGGCCAUGUGGUCGGUGCUCUGGCUGGCUGUCACUGCUCCAGGGAAGGCAGCUUCUGGAACCUUCUGGUGGCUAGGGAGCGGCUGGUACCAAUUUGUUACUUUGAUUUCUUGGCUGAAUGUGUUUCUUCUUACCAGGUGCCUUCGAAAUAUUUGCAAGGUUUUUAUCUUGCUUCUCCCACUCCUACUUUUACUAGGUGCUGGUCUCUCCCUGUGGGGCCAGGGCAGCUUCCUCUCACUCCUACCAGUGCUGAAUUGGACAGCCAUGCAGCCAGCACAGAGUGUGGACGAUCCCGAGGGUACACACAGAGCUGGCCCUCUUCCCCCCAGUCCACCUCAGAAGCUUGAUUAUAGGGCUUCCCAGUGGCCUCAGGAGAGUGACAUGGGACAGAAGAUAGCCUCUUUGAGUGCACAGUGCCACAACCACGAUAAGAGACUUGCGGAGAUGACAGUCCUGCUUCAGAAACUCCAGAUGCGGGUAGACCAAGUGGAUGAUGGCAGGGAAGGGCUGGCACUGUGGGUCAAGGAUAUGAUUGGACAGCACCUGCAGGAGUUGGGCACCACAGAACCCCCUGAUACUAAGACUGACUUCAUGACCUUCCACCAUGACCACGCACUGCGUCUCUCCAACUUGGAAUAUAUUCUUAAAAAACUGACAGAAAAAUCUGAGGCUAUCCAGAAGGAGCUGGAAGAAACCAAGCUGAGAGCAGGCAGCAGGGCUGAAGAGCCCCUCCUUGACCGUGUGCAGCACCUAGAAAUUGAACUGAACCUGCUGAAGUCACAGCUGUCAGAUUGGCAGCAUCUGAAGGCCAGCUGUGAGCAGACUGAUGCCCGCAUCCAGGAGACUGUGCGGCUAAUGUUCUCGAAGGAUCAGCAUGGCAGUUCCCUUGAGUGGCUAUUACAGAAGCUUUCUUCUCGGUUUGUGAGCAAGGAUGAGCUGCAGGUGCUUUUGCAGGAGCUUGAGCUAAAAGUGCUGCAGAAUAUUACACACCACAUCAGGGUGACAGGACAGGCCCCAUCAUCUGAGGCCAUCGUGUCUGCCAUGAAUGAGGCAGGGGUUUCAGGAAUCACAGAAGCGCAAGUGCACGUCAUUGUGAACAAUGCUCUGAAGCUCUACUCCCAAGACAAGACUGGGAUGGUAGACUUUGCUCUGGAGUCUGGAGGUGGCAGCAUCCUAAGCACUCGGUGCUCUGAGACCUAUGAGACCAAGACGGCGCUGCUGAGCCUGUUUGGGAUUCCGCUGUGGUACUUCUCCCAGUCACCCCGAGUGGUGAUCCAGCCCGACAUCUACCCAGGAAAUUGUUGGGCAUUCAAAGGCUCCCAGGGGUACCUGGUGGUGCGGUUGUCCAUGAAGAUCUACCCAACCACAUUCACCAUGGAGCACAUUCCAAAGACACUGUCACCCACUGGUAAUAUCUCCAGUGCCCCCAGAGACUUCACAGUCUAUGGACUAGAAACCGAGUAUCAGGAAGAGGGGCAGCCUCUGGGACGGUUCACCUAUGACCAGGAAGGGGACUCACUCCAGAUGUUCCACAUAGCGGAAAGACCUGACCAAGCCUUCCAGAUUGUAGAGCUCCGGGUCCUGUCCAACUGGGGCCACCCUGAAUACACCUGCCUUUACCGCUUCCGAGUCCACGGAGAGCCUGCCCCGUAGAGCACUCCAGCCAUGUACAUGUCUGUAUAUACCAAGAUGCCAUAACACUGGAACCCUUGGGGGAAGAGAGCACGUGAACAUAGGACCCUGUCACCCUUCAAUAAAUGUGUGAUGGCCAUGAGGACAUGUUGAGUCCUCAGAGGCUAUGAGUGUGCUCAGAGACCAAAAGCCUGGUAGGCUCUUUGAAUUCAUUCGAAUGUAUGGUUCUCAGACACUCCCUUUGAUUUGGGGAUUUGCUGCAAUGCAUAAAGUCAAGAAGCAGGUAGGCUGGCAGGUUCCCAGGGUCCUGACGUGGAGGCCCAGAGCUCCACACUGGCUGUCCUGUAGAUGACAGGAAAGCAAAAGUUCCAUCUGCUAAACCCAUGUUUCUUUCAGGGAAAACAGCUUCUCCAUCUUCAGUCUGACCCCUUCCAGGUUCCCUGGGGAGGCUGAGUAUGUCCUGGACUGUCUGUGUUUAGCUGGGACUCCAAUUCCCCACAGUUGUGGAUCGGGCUUUUGCUUAUUAGGGCAUGACCCAAAAGUGCAGUGGGGUACACAUAACAUGAACGGUGCUCUUGGGUCUCAGCCAGGCCCUUACUGGCUGAGUCACAGAAUGGACAGGAACCACUUGAGAUGUGACCCUCUGGUGCCCUCACGCUGUAGGCUCUGCUGAAGGGAGAACACUAAAAUGCCACCCUAUCUGGUGGUGCUAAUGGCUGUCACUCCUGGUCUUACCAACAGUAGCACUUUCUGCUGCUCUUGGGUUUGCCUCUGCACCAAUGUUGGCCACUGACUCGUUUGGUUACAAUUAAUAUUUAAUAUUUAGACUUUUGUGAGCAGACUUUGUAACUGGUAAGUCAUCUGGACACUUGAAUUGUUAGCUUUCAUUGCUUAGACAGCAUUGGUGAACACAAACAAGCUCAGCUGCAGGGGCUCAGAGUUCUGGAGUUUUGUGCAUAUUGCUCAUCCAUGAGACAGUGGCCUAAAGCACAUCCCACACCCCGUAGGGUUAGAACCACUGCCUGUGUGGCCAGGUUGGGUGAUGUGCACACAUUUUACAUACUCCAGGUUACAUGCAGAAGUCAGAAUUUCCUAUAUUAAACUAAAUUGGGGAGUUGGGGGUGGAGAUAUUUUGAAUAUUUAUUUUUAAAGAUGCAGAUAGGACUUUGUGCAAUGUAUUUUUGUAAAUGCUUUUCAGAACAUUUGUCUUUGGUAGUGCUUCUACUGCCACCAAAUUAAGAUGCUAUUGAGAUGUUUAAAUAAAAGAGUUAAUUUUUAAAAGUGCAUGUGCUAUUUCAAGUAAAUAAUAAAAGCGUGUGUUUCUUUUC